UUGGCUGAAGCCAAUUUGUGUGUACGUUUGGAGUGUGUGCGUGUGUGUGAGAGAGAGAGAGGGUGACGGAGGAUUUAAAGUAUCUCCCAGAAAUCCACCGGUUGCUCAUACCGCAAAGGGAAUGUAUUCGCCUUCAAGAAAGAGACUGAUCAAGAAGUGACAGAAUAUUUUCGGGAUCUUGGAGCAGUUGCGUAAUUGCGUCCUCUUACUGCGCGAUGACAGAAGUGGCCAGUCCCGCUUCAAUAAUGGACUCUGAGAUGAUGUUCCAACCAGAGUCAGAUCAGAUGUCCCCAGUUGAACCCAAGUCUCCGCCUCUGGACCUGAUUGACACUGGGAAGGGGUUGAAGGUCCAGACAGCCACACCCCAUCUGGUGAGCCUUGGCAGUGGGAGACUGAGUAUAGCAAUCACCCUGCUGCCACUGAAAGAAGGGGUUACCCGCAUAGGCCGGGAAGAUGCUCCAAUUCCUCAAGAUAUCACGAUCCAAGGGCCCGGCAUCGAGGCAGAGCACUGUCUCAUCUUCAAUGAAGGAGGGGUGGUGACUCUGGACCCCUGUGGUCACCUCUGCAGUCUGGAUGGAGUGCAGGUCACUGUGCCCACACCACUAACACAGGGUUACUCCCUGUGUCUGGGUAAAUCCUAUUUCUUCCGGUUCAAUCAUCCUGAGGAGGCAAGCAGAAUGAAAAGCAUGCUUCCACAAAAGAGCCCCGUGUCAGCUUUAGCCUACAACACAGACUACCUGAAGUUUAGCAGUGACUACAGCCAUGCGGUGGUGGGCGGCACCAGCAGUGCAAGAGGCAUGCGAUCAGCCUCUGAGCUCCGAGACUUGAUGGACACCCUGCAGCGCAAGAAGAUUGCCCUGGAGAACAGCCUGAGAGCCAACGGGAACGCGAACCCCUCGUACUUCAGCGUGACACAGUCUCCACCAACCACACCCAUCACAAGUCCUGCCACAUCCUCAUCAGCCUAUCAGGAACAAGCAAGACGUUUCUAUGGCUCAGAUCGUGCGACCUUAUCUUUGAAAUCUGCUCCUCCUCUUUCCCCUGGGCGGCGAUCUGAUCCUUCUUCCCUGACCUCCCGUAUCUCUGGCAGUCGCAACCAGGACAACUUUGGCAUUAGCGAUGGCCGGCGGCUACACAACCCGGGAUCCUCUUCUUUAUUGUCCUCAUGGAAUGGCGGCGGCUCCUCCACUUCUGUUGAUGGUAGCAACAAUUUCCUUCUCUCUCUUCCUCCCUCCUCUUCCUCAUCCCGCACUCCAUCAACAGGAGGUGCAGCCAGCAUGCCCUCAAGCCCGCGUCUUGGCCGCCGUAGCUAUGGCAACCAAGAGCCUUUGGCCAGCAAUCGAACCAGGAAAUACUCAGCAGGCUCUCUAAGUGGCAUGAUGGGAGGAGGGCAUAGCCGCUCACUGCCACGCCUCUGCCCCUCCCAGUCUCCCAGUGACAACAACAACGGAGUCCUGACCUUGUCAACGUUGCCCCCACGGCGUUCCGAUGUUGCUGGCGGUUACAAAUUUAGCAAAGACCAUUACAACAACAGCCAGAAUGCCAACCCUGACCUCAACCACAACUCUAGUUACUCCAGCCAGCUUUGCUCAAACAAGAAUCAAACCCAGACCACAAAGGGAGAGAGUGUUGUGUCUAUCUCACUCUCCUCCCCUAAGAACUCGACCUCCACUACCCCUCCUGUCUCUGCCACAACCGCCCCACCUGAUGUGACUAUCCCAUCCAGGGCAGGGGGCUCCUCUUCUCCUCGAGUGGCCAAAAAACUCAGCCUGACCUCCACUAGCUCUGUUGGCUCCAUCAGCUCCACGAGUUCCAGCCCUCCAGAACUGGAGCGGUUGGCCAGCCGUGGAGUCUCCCCAGGAGUAGGCCUGUCCUCGGGGGAAAGGGAGAGGAAAGGGGUAGGUGUAGAACUCACCAGUGCCCUGGGGCUUGGACUUGGAGAAAGGAGGUCUUCAUUUGGGAAGGCUGGUUUGGAACCUGGGAUGGGGCUGGGUGAGAGGAGGCAGUCAUUUGGAAAGGCAGGAGUGACCCCACCAGGAGGUUUCAGGGAAAGAAGGGGGAGUAUCAGCUCACUGAGUGGGAAGGAGGAACUGACCGACUACCACCAACACCAAAAAGAGGAGAGACUCCGAGAGCAGGAGGUGGAGAGACUGGAGCGACAGCGGCUGGAGACCAUCUUGUCUCUGUGUUCAGAACUGGGCCGGACAGAUAGAGAUGGAGGUGGUACAGCUACAAGCUCCACUUCAGCUGUGGCAGAUCUUCAGAAGAUCAACCAGGAGCUUGAGAAGCUUCAGCUGAACGAUGAUGACGAUGAUGACACACCAUCGGUCUUUUCGGACUCUUCAGCUGUUAAUGGAGCGACAGUGAAUGGACACAUGGCCUCCACUGGAUCAGAGAAUGGUUACUACGAUGAUGAUCUACAGGUACGACGGAGGCGCAGCAGUGGCCACCGAGACAACAGGGCAGAGUCGCCCGUUGUCAGUCUGCGAAGCUUCGCCCCCUCACCUUCUCCACGCACACAGAGGACCAAUGAGGCUCUAGAUGAUGCAGCCCGUCGCCGCGGACACGAAAUGAGGCCCUCAGAGGAGGAAGUGCGGCGUGUGGAAGAGGAAAGGAUUCAGGUGCUGAACAACAUGGAGGAGCUGGAGCAAAAGAUUAAAGAGCUGGACAACCAAAUCGAGGAAUCUGCCCAAGAGGUGGAGCUUGAGCGAGCUCUUGUGGAGGCUGAACAGGAGUCAGAGGUAGCUGCUCUCCAGCAGGAAAAAGACGCUCUGGAAGCACUUCACACCAGGAUGGCUGACCUAGAGACCAAGUCUCAGCAAGAAAAAGAAAAGGCGUGCGAGUUGCUACAGGCAGAAAGGGACAGAGUAGAGAGGUUGGCUCAGAUUGUGUGUGAGCAGCGCUCUCAGCUGGACAGCUGCCCUGAGGCCACCAAGGAGCCCCUGCAGGAGCAGUUGGCCAGGGACUGCGAGGUGCUGGAUGCAGAGUCAAAGCGUUUCGAGGACCUGGAGUUCCAGCAACUGGAGAAAGAGAGCAGGCAAGAUGAGGAGAAGGAGACCCAUACGCAACAACUUCUGCGGGAGAUCGCAGACUACCAGCGGAGCACUGUCACUCGCAAGGAGCGACUGUUAACUCUGAAGAAGCAGGCAGCACAGAUAAGCCAGCAGGCUCAGCGAGAGAAAGAGAGCUUCUUGAAGGAGAGGAGCACCCUCGAAGCAAUGUUACAAAGGGAGAAGGAAAACCUCACCGUGCUGGAAAGAAAAUAUGCUGACCUCACUGGUGGCCGAAGUUUCACACUAAGGGAGGGCUAUGUCACAGUCAGUGAAAUCAAUGAGCUUUACUCACAGCUUGGGGGGGACCCUAAACCUGCCCCUGACCCCACUCUGGCCAAUGCCUCUCCUGAGUCCGAGGCAAACCCCUCCCCUGACGACGACAGCCCCAAACCAUUGGAGGAUGAGCAUUUCCGUUUGCUGGAAGAGAGGAAGAGGUCUGAAAGGGAGGGGGGCUCUCAUCUAAGUGACACAUUACCCAGGAAGAAAACCACACCCAUGAUGACCCCCCAGUUCACGUGUGCAACACUGGGACGCAGCUUCCCUACCAAGCCCCAUCAUCCCCUGGUGCAGAGCACAAGUUGUGGCAGCAUUCUUCCAAGAAUUCUCUCCCUAUCCAACAAGGAAACUGAAUCUCGGCGUCUUCAUAAAGGUCAGCCCGGCUCCCGAGCAGCUUCCCAGACCAAUGUCUACCUCGAUGCCUUUGGAUACCGUGACAACCAGGCUUUUGACACAAUGAGUGUGGACAGCACUGAUUCCAUUGAAACCAGCAUCUCUGCUUGCUCCCCUGAUAAUGUCUCUAGUGCCAGUACUUCAAAUAUGAUCAAGCUAGAGGAGAUGGAGCGUCUGCUGAGAGAAGCCCAGGCGGAGAAGAGCCGCCUCCUGGAACACAAGGAGCAAGAGAUGGAAGCUCGUAAGCAGGCUCUGGACGAGGAGAGGAAAAGAAGGGAGGACCUGGAGAAAAGGCUGCAGGAGGAGACGAGCAGACGCCAGAAACUUAUCGACCGUGAGGUGAAACUGCGAGAAAAGCAGAGGGCACAGUCCCGACCGCUAACACGCUACCUGCCGGUGCGAAAGGACGAUUUUGACCUGCGGGCUCACAUUGAGUCUGCGGGCCACAGCGCGGACACAUGCUUCCACUUGUCCAUCUCUGAAAAGACCUGCCGUGGCUACCUGAUCAAAAUGGGAGGCAAAAUCAAAACCUGGAAGAAACGCUGGUUCGUCUUUGACCGCAACCGACGCACACUCUCCUAUUAUUCAGAUAAGCAUGAAGCCAAGCUGAAAGGAGUCAUCUACUUCCAAGCUAUUGAAGAAGUGUAUUAUGAUCACUUGAAGAACGCACAUAAGAGUCCAAACCCCUCCCUCACCUUCAGCGUAAAAACUCACGACAGAAUCUACUACAUGGUUGCUCCGUCCCCCGAGGCCAUGAGGAUCUGGAUGGAUGUGAUCGUCACAGGCGCUGAGGGAUACACCCAGUUCAUGGUGUAGCGAAGGAGUGGAGUAUGCCAACGUGCCAACUAUUUGUGGCUUUAAAGACUAAGUUUUGUUUUCCUUUCUUUAUCCUCGGACUGGUGUCUGGAUGGAUGAUAUUGUCACCUGUGCUGAAGACUGAACACAAUAUCUGCUGUGUAGAGACGGCAGAGGCGAGUUACUCAAGAUCAUUUUGCAAUAUUUAUCCGCCUUAUUUACAAGAUGGCCAAGGUUCGCAAUCACAUGUUGAGCAGUCAUGUAAAACUGUACGCAAAUACAAGGUAAUAAUUUGAACAUUUUUAGGCAAUCAGGUUCAAUCCUAGAGACGUAAUGAAGUUCAGAGGUCUGAAGUGUACUCUGAUGCACCGCUGUGCCUUGGAGUGUAUUAAGGUGUACCUCAAGGUUUUAUUUAAAUGUAAAGGACAUAAAUGUAAAAAAGAUAUUUUAUAUGAACUUAAUACAAUUAAUUGUCUUCAGAGAAGAGCAGACUGUGACUCAGCAGCUCAUUUGUAGCCAUAAGAAGCUUUUUACAAAGGAUUUUUAAUGCAGAGAAAUUUUAAGAAUUGAUGCAGAGUGAACCAGUCUGAGCUCCGUCGUUUGCCAUUAUCAACAGCUAAUCCUGAAACUGAGCUAGGAAUACAUUGACAGUAGUUGUUUUUACAAAAGCCUAAACAAUUUGACAUGUCUUGUGUACAUUAUAAAUAAUACUUAUUAAAUUAGUAAAAGUAGUAGAGCAAGUGUGUUUUCAUUUUCAACUUUUUGCAACUUGAUUUAGUUUCAUGUAUCAUUACUGUGGCAUUCUCAGGUCUUAACUGUGUGCAUGGAUGUGCAUGCAUGCAUCAUAUGAUCGUGUGUGAUUUUAUACACACAUGUGCUCAGAAGUGCCUGUUUUUUGUACAAACUCUAUGUUCUCUUCUUUUUACUGCGAGCCUUUCAUAUUAGCUCCAAGGUGCUAUUUUUACAUAGGGUAUGACAAUAGUAAUCCAAGCUACACCAUCACAUAGAAUAUUUCAGUUGGCGUGUGAUUCUGCACUCGACAUGAUCACUUUAAAAAAAAAAAUGGAUUGCUGUGCUGGAUUUACAAUAGUGUCACAACAAGCUCAGAAAUGAAGCUCUGUUAAAACAUAGUGUCACGCUUGUUAUUUUCCACCAUGAGGAGUUAGUUGAAUAAACACGAGGGAUAAUGACUUUUACUAAGGCACAAGAUUGUGGCAUUUGUACAUAUUGUUUUUAAGUUGUAGUUAGUUUGGAUAGAAUAGAGAGGACAGGUGUGAUUCACGAUCAACACAAAGCUGUUUUUGCCUUUUUUUUAAAACAUAUUUUGUGUAACAGUAUUUUGACAUGCAUAUAAUCUUUAUUUUUAAGAGCUACAUGCAUUUAUAUACAAUACCAAUCCAAAGUUGAAAUAUGGUCCAGAGCGGUUUUGUUACAAGUAGUCUUUUAGAUAACAGGAGAAACAAUCUAUGGUACAGGCACUCACAUAAGAGGCCUUUAGUCAUUAAAAUGGACUGAUUAUUGUGCUGCUUUGGUCCACUACCUUUCAUUGAGUUACUUUUAUUACCACUAAUUCAAUGUUUUAGUUAAACUGACUAUUCCACAUUGAUCACGAAUGCUGCUUUUUUGUUAUACGUCAUACUCUUCACUACAUCUAAAUGAUUCAGUCCACUGAUCAGUGCAUUUAUCACCUUGCCACUUGUUUUUUUUUUUUUUUUUUAAAUUGACCAAAGUGUAUGUUGAUGUGAUAAAGUGUAUAUGUUGUUUCUUUGCUUUGGCAUCUCUUUGUUCAGUACAAUAAGAUGAAAAGGACAUCUGCUUUUACAUGACAAGCAGGUGGUUGUUUUCUACCAACUAAAGGAGCUGUUACAGUGGGAGCUUCCAUGAGCUUAAUUUUUCCUGAGUUUUUAUGAAUAUUUUUUUAUGGCGAUCGUUCUGUAUUUAUGCCAUUACCAAUGCAUGUAUCUUAAUUUUGUAUUUCCAUAUAAAUAAUAAAAAAAGAUAUAUUUUA